AACUCAGGGAGCCGCGGGCCGGCGGGAGGGGCGGCGGCGGCCACCGCACCGAGACUCCUCCCCCGGUGACCACACUGGCUGCUUUCGUUUCCUCUCGUGACAGGUGCUUGGUUGGUCUGUCCUGUCACAGCGAGGUAUGAAUCGUCCUCGCGAGAUUUGUCCACAGGCGGAGCGUGGCCGAGGCUUGGCGUCCGGGGCUUCUCAGGAACCAGUGCCCUAAAGGCUUAUGUUGUGUGAGGUGGCCUCCUGCCUGGCGCAGCGCCAUGCACACACUUGUGUUCCUGAGCACGCGGCAGGUGCUCCAGUGCCAGCCAGCUGCCUGCCAGGCCCUGCCCCUGCUGCCACGCGAGCUCUUCCCCCUGCUGUUCAAGGUGGCCUUCAUGGACAAGAAGACUGUCGUGCUGCGUGAGCUGGUGCACACGUGGCCCUUCCCACUGCUCAGCUUCCAGCAGCUGCUGCAGGAAUGUGCCCACUGCAGCCGGGCCCUGCUGCAGGAGCGGCCCAGCACAGAGAGCAUGCAGGCGGUGAUCCUGGGGCUGACAGCCCGGCUCCACGCCCCAGAGACGGAGGCCGGCACGCAGCCCCUCUGCAGGAAGCAUGCACUGCGGGUGCUGGACAUGACGGGCCUCCUGGACGACGGUGUGGAGCAGGACCCUGGUACCAUGAGCAUGUGGGACUGCACGGCAGCUGUGGCCCGCACGUGCAUUGCACAGCAGCAGGGUGGGGCUGGGGAGCCCGGGCUGGCCCCAGUUCCUGUGGAGGUGCGUGUGGACCUUCGGGUGAACCGGGCCUCUUACGCGUUCCUGCGGGAGGCACUCCGCAGCAGCGUAGGCAGCCCGCUGCGGCUCUGCUGCCGGGACCUGCGGGCUGAGGACCUGCCCAUGCGCAACACUGUGGCCCUGCUGCAGCUUCUGGAUGCGGGCUGCCUACGCCGCGUGGACCUGCGCUUCAAUAACUUGGGCCUACGCGGCCUGUCUGUCAUCAUCCCACACGUGGCCCGCUUUCAGCACUUGGCCAGCCUGCGGCUACACUAUGUGCACGGGGACUCGCGGCAGCCCUCUGUGGAUGGUGAGGACAACUUCCGCUACUUCCUGGCCCAGAUGGGCCGUUUCACCCGCCUGCGGGAGCUCAGCAUGGGCUCGUCUCUCCUCUCAGGGCGGCUGGACCAGCUACUCAGCACCCUGCAGAGCCCCCUGGAGAGCCUGGAGCUGGCCUUCUGCGCUCUGCUGCCUGAGGAUCUGCGCUUCUUGGCGCGGAGCCCACAUGCUGUCCACCUCAAGAAGCUGGACCUGAGUGGCAAUGACCUGUCCGGCAGCCAGCUGGAGCCCUUCCAGGGUCUGUUGCAGGCAGCAGCAGCCACACUGCUGCACCUGGAGCUGACCGAGUGCCAGCUCGCUGAUACCCAGCUGCUGGCCACACUCCCUGUGCUGACUCGCUGCGCCAGCCUCCGCUACCUCGGCCUCUACGGCAACCCGCUGUCCAUGGCAGGCCUUAAGGAGCUCCUGCGGGACUCAGCGGUGCAGGCCGAGCUGCGCACAGUGGUGCACCCCUUCCCUGUGGACUGCUACGAGGGCCUGCCCUGGCCACCGCCUGCCUCUGUCCUGCUGGAGGCCUCCAUCAAUGAGGAGAAAUUUGCCCGGGUGGAGGCCGAGUUGCACCAGCUGCUGUUGGCCUCAGGUCGAGCCCACGUUCUCUGGACCACUGACAUCUACGGACGUCUGGCUGCAGACUACUUCAGCCUGUGACUGCUGGGCCUUGGCUGAGAGACAGGCUGUCCUUGGGUCCAGGGAGGCUCCUCCCCCUCUUGGGUAGGCAGAGCCUUGGCCAGGACCCUGCUGGAGGCCUGACACAAAGGCAGUGGUCUCUGGCGUCCUUGCUCCUGGGUGCACCUUGAGCUUCCCUGUGCUUUCCGCAGCGCCCUGCACCUGUCCCCCGGACUGGCCGAACAUCUGUGGGCUUGGAGUCUGGAUUCCAGGCCGGCUUAGCCCUGCUUAGUUUGCUGCACUUGGCUGCCCUCUUCUCAGAGUGUUCCUGGGGUCCCAGAUCUAGCUGAGAUAGGGUGUUCUCUCUGGGCCCUUCCCAAGAGCAGACUCUUUUGGGGCUGAAGUUGGGACAGGGGCCUGCUUCAAGGAGGGUUGGGGGUCUCACGCACUCAAGCCUGUCACAAUUUUUCCUGCCCUGACACCCAGGAGACUCCCCUGUCGGCUGUGUUUUUGGGCCAGAGAGUGUCAUUAAGGUACAAACGUGCAGUGUGUUUGCAACUGAAA